GACUCGGCCUCAAACGAGUAACUGGUGUGGUGUGUGAACAUCGCCACUAGCUGUGUACUACCCGGGCAAAGCCGGGUAGUGCACAGCUAGUACAGUAUAUUCUGUGUGGGGGGAGCAGUAUAUUCCAAUUACGUCUUUGGCGGUGAGUCUGAACCGAGGAAGGCGAAUCUGGGUGGAUGGCAAGCCCUCUCACUCAGAGUGAAACAUUAACAAUCCCCGAUCAUUACACGAUUUCGCUUUGCAGUCAAUCCGGGAAUCGAUUUGCUGUUGUCUCGCCGUCAAUCGCCUCCUUUGUGGUCGAUUAUUAAAGUUACAAUGUUUUUGUUUGUUCUCUAUCAUGUUGUAUUUAGUUAUGUGAAUGCUCAUUCGUGGUCACAUUACGUCAUUUGUACGUACGGGAUAGUGUAUAUAAUAUUUGGGAAUCGAAAACAUCGAUUCAACUCCAGGUCAGCUGAUCGUGAUGUAACCGUCAGCUGGUCGCGUGCUGGAUUCUUGACUGGGACGCUACCGGCGGGGAGGAGGGGACCUCGCGGGCACCGGCCGUGAGAGCCACGAUGGAGGGCGUGGUGGUGGUGCACGGCGGCGCCGGCGUCGUCACCGACGACCGGGCUGAGGCCUGCAGGGCGGGCGUGAAGCGUGCCGCGGCCCAGGGGGCCCGCGUGCUCGCCGCGGGGGGCUCCGCCGUGGACGCCGUGGAGGCGGCGGUGGCGCUGCUGGAGGACGACCCCAACUUCAACGCGGGCGUGGGCUCGGUGCUCAACGCGGACGGGGAUAUCGAGCAGGAUGCACUCGUGAUGGACGGCUGGCGCCUCGCAGCCGGCGCCGUCUCCUGUGUGCGCAACAUCGCCAACCCCGUGCUCCUCGCUCGCCUCGUCAUGGACAAGACGAGCCACGCGAUGCUGACGGGGAGUGGAGCGGCGGAAUUCGCGCGCUCCCUGGGAGUCCCCGAGGUUCCCGCGGAGCAGCUGGAGACGCCGCGCUCCCGCCAGCGCUGGGAGAAGAACCGGCGGCCUGACCCCCAGCGCCACCCAGACGAGCUGCACGGUACCGUGGGAGCGGUGGCGCUGGACCGCUCCGGCAACCUGGCGUGCGCCACGUCCACCGGAGGGAUGACCAACAAGAUGGUGGGCAGGGUUGGAGACACUCCGUGCAUUGGGAGCGGAGGCUACGCAGACAACCAGCUGGGCGCGGUGUCGACCACGGGCGAUGGGGAGUCCAUCAUGCGCGUGGUGCUCGCGCGUCUCGUCCUCUUCAACGUCCAGCAGGGCAUGAGCCUGGAGGAGGCGGCCGACUCGGCGCUGAGUCACAUGACGGCGCGGGUGGGCGGCACGGCGGGCCUCGUGCUGCUGGCGCCUGACGGCCGCUGGGCCGCGCGCUGCAACUCGCUCCGCAUGUCCUGGGCGGCCGCCUCACCCGGGGCCGCCCUGCUUCACUACGGCCUCGAGCGUGGGGAGAUCCUCACUGAGCCGGCGCCACCGGUGCCGCUCACCGGGCCUGGGCUUGGGGCUGGGCCCAAGCAGUGACCCGGGGGGAGGGGGCGGGGUGGGGAGGACGGUGGGGUGGACGGCGAACGUCGGCGUCGUUCGCACGCUGGCGGUGAUCGCGGGCGGGGGGGGCGUGCGGCGCUGAGACGUCGGUCGGGCUCUGGGCCGCACGGGAGAGGUGGCAGCGACGUGCCGGCGUGGGUAGGAGGGGAGACGCGGCUCUGUCAGCAAAGCCAGAGUGAUUUCCAAUGAGGCACUGUUCACAGCCCUGAUCCAGCCAUGGAAAUCCCACAUUCCUGCGGCGGGGGGCGAGUCUAUCCAUAAGACGACUACUGUCGGCUUCCCCCACAACGUGGCACCCGUUUUAUCAUCCCCCGGGAUGGAUGAUGGGCUGAGUCGACCGCUGCCGGAUGAAUGCUUCGCCCCACGCCGCGCCGAGCGGGAGGGUAAGGUUUGACGCGUCGCGUGCGAGCGGCAGCGCUUGCGAACGUCGCGAGCUGUACAUUGGCGGCGUUUGUCUCUCGUGGAAAUGGCGGACGGGGCUUGGGUAAGAAGAAAAAUGGAUUCACGUGGAGGCUUCCCGCCGGUGUGUCGAGGCCUCGCGGCCACACGUGUACACCGGGGCGCGCGUGCCGGCGAGGCGGAGGGGCCCCCGAGGAGCGUGUCCCUGUCCUUUACUGGACCCCCCCACAUGCUCUGUUCCUCAGGUUCUCGUUUUAAAUUCGCGGGAGGUGUGUUCAGAAUCGCUGUGUAGGCGGUACGUCUGCGUGCGUCCGUGCGUGUGUGUCUGUGCGUGUAGGGAGCGGUGGUGUGGCGGUCAGCACGCUCCACUACGAAACUGGCGGCCCGAGUUCGAUUCCCACUCACGGCCAAAACCAGUAACGAGUAUUUGAACUGGUCCUUGGCCUCCUC